AUGACUACAGUGACGUAUAACAUAAAGAAAAAGGAAGAACAGGUUGAACAGCAACCACAAGAUGAACCAAAUCCGUUAAUGAGGAAAAAAAAGACUCCCGAAGAGCUGGCUGCUGAGGCGGAACAAGAAGACUUAGAUGACUUUACGAAACUAAAGAACUCAAUAGAAACCCAAGUCAGUGAGAUUAAGUCGCAACUAGAGAGUAAAUGUGUUAUGCAGUGAUAUGUCACCGAUGAAUUCAAACGAUUAUUUAGUCAAUAGCAAAAUGUAAAUCCUAUUAUAUUUAACAAAAAAAAAUAAUUAAAGUAAAUUAAAAUGAAGGAGAAAAGAAAAAGAAAACAUGGAAGCGAUGAAUAAUACAUCCAAUCAACACUAUAAUAUUAUAUUAUUUUAAAAAGAAGAAGAACAAGAAAAUGAUGAUUGUAAUAGAAACGCUGAGAAAACUAAGAAAAAUGGAGAAAUGGAAAAUGUUGUUAUAUAGUAAAGUGAGAGGUAAAAAUGUUACAGCAUCCUUUGAAAAAUAUAUAUGCGACGAGACAAAUUAGAGUAGAACAUUUUUAGAGAUAAAAGUAUAUAUAAAAAGAGUGUAAAACAUAUUUCAACCAAAAAAAAAACACAAAUUAUGUUCAUCCGUUUCAUUCAAAUAAAGAAAAAGAUAAGAAAAAAAGAGUUAAACCAAAUCCCAAGCAUAGAAUAUUGUUGUAGAAAUCCCAAUUUUACAAAAUUGUUAUAAAAUUCGUUUAACAUUAAGUGUAGAUAUUUUUCCGCAUGAAUUUUUGUUAAAAUUUUUUGGUUGUUUUAUUAAUUGAUUUUUUGUUUCUCGUUUACCUAUUACAGUUUGUUUAAAAAUGAAUAAAUUAAAUACAGAUUUAAAUAUAUAUCAGCAUGGUUUUAGAAAACAAAAUAUAUUUAAAAUGAAAAAUGGAAAAACUGAUUUUAUAUCUGCUUUAUAAUAAGCGUAUGUGAUAUACAUUCGAAUUCAAUGUUUGAUAAUAGAGAUUUAGAAAAAAGUACUUGUAUUAAUUAAAUUUAAAAAAAUUUAUCAGUAAAAACAAAAGAGAAAAAAAAUGAAGUAAAAGGCAAAAAUAAAAGAACUUAAAAGAAUAUAAUGUUUUGUGAUAGUUUUUUUUUUGAAUAGAUUGAUAUGACUAAAAAAAAUUUAAAUGAAGUAAAAGAGUUUAAAAAAAUAAACAAGAAAAUACCCAGUCAUUUUUAAUAAAA